UUAAAGUACGACCCGACAGAUCUCGAGGGCGAUUUCACAUCAUACAACGUCCUUCCAUUUCUACAACACCGCCUCAACCAGCAUUUGCUCACGAAUAUGCCUACAGGUAGGACACCAAGUCACAAUUUAAGGCCAACGGAUGAUCAGCGUAAAUUAUUAGCCAUCCUCCAGUCACAGCACAGUGCUAUUUUGAACGGAGGCGUGAGUACAGGAAAGUCCCUAGCCUCCGCUAUCUACGCCUUGAACCUUACUUUUUCAAGGGUGCCCAAGUACGGGAUAAUCAGGAAGCGUUCAAGUGUGGAUAGCAUCAUUUUAGUACCGACAGAUGAGAUGGUGGCGAAAUAUCAAAUGUAUUUUGAGAUGUUGACCACGGAUAUUCCUGCGUUGUGUUGUCCUGAUGAGCUUAAACUUCAAAAAGGCGGCACAGGCUACACUUUAACGAGAAGGCCAUUGGUCAUCGAGUACUUGUUUUCUGAAAAACCAACCGAAACAUAUUCCACGGAUCUGCAAUCCUCAGUGCCACAAAUUCUUGUCACCACUUUAUCGGGCUUGGAGAAAGUUGUCCGCAGUGAAGGACCCCAACAAACAAAGCAGAAGCACUUGUUAGACUUACAGCUACUUGCUGUGGAUGACAUGAGUUUGUUCCUCAAAUCAACACAUAUAGGCCAGGAUUGCCUUAUCCAAAAGUCUGGGAAGAAAUCGAAGUAUGUCAACAGUGUUCAGAGCCUUAUCAAAGAAAUACAAAACUUGCAUCUAUCAGAGUACUACAAGGACUUGGAUAGACGAUUAGAUAUUACAAAGAAGAAAUUUGAAGAAGAGAAGGGGUUAAACAACCUUGGCCCCUCUGAACUUGAGAAAAGACUUACCAAGCACAGGCGUAAGUUCCUUUAUAAACCAAUUCAGUAUUGCUUUAUUAGUAAAUCUGAGGAGUCCUAUAAGCAUUUACUUCAAACCAAGCUGAAUCUUGAUAAUACGAGGAGUAUCAAUAUGGCAAUACAAAAACACAACCAGGUUCAGCCUCAAGGAUUUGAUACCACAAAGAUACACGAUCUAUACACAAAAUUUCUUAUUGAAAAAAGUGAUCAACUUACUCAACGAGAUGAAGAUCCACUUACUAGGUUUGUUGAGAAACUUAUCAGAUUUAAUGAUACCCAAAGAGUACUAAAAGAGAGGGAAAGGAAACUAAUUUCUGCAUCAAGUAGUAUUUCCUUAGAUUCUCAACUGUCAACUACCGACUCAUCUAAUUUCUCUUCAAAACCCUCUUCUAAUGAAGUUCUGAUGAUUAAUGCCUAUUUCCCAAUAGGUCUUACAGGUGAGAAGUUAGAAUUAGUAUUGAAAGAUUUAAAUGUAUCAGAAAACUUUCCUUCUGACUCUGAGAUAGUCAAUCUUAUGAAUCAUCAUGUGGAACUAUCAAGACACAACGUGAAGAACCUUGAAAAGUCAUUCUUAAAAUUCAAAACGGAUUUGGAAAAGGAUAUGGUUGAUAGGUCAAGUAUCCGAAAAUACAUCCCACCUUUAAUUAAAAAGUUCAAAGAGUUGAAUCCAACCAACGACUCAAAAUUUUUAGUCGUUGUACCUAACUAUGUUAACAUCAGAAAGAUUAUCAAAAAAUUGUCUGGCACUUGCAAAGGUGAGAAAUUCAGGGCACUUUCCGACACAAAGGUUAAUCAAGGUAUAGCUACCCAAGGUGAAACCGACCAAACUGAAACUUCUCAUACUGAAAUAGCUGCUGGAAGCUCUCAACAUCUCAUCUUGAAUGCUUCUCAGUCCAUUGGUAUUGACUUUUCGGGCUAUUCUAAUGUGAUUAUUUUUGGCCUUGACUCCUUAAUUCCUCAGUUGGCUUUUGUUUCCAAGCCAUCAUUGUCCUCUUCGGCAAAUAAGGUAUCUGGUAUCGUGGAUCCAUUUGAUGAUUUGAGCGUCUAUUAUUUGGCGAAGUUACUUGCAACACCAACCAAGCAGGAAAAGAAUAUCCUCUUUGUUUUCGACUCGUACAGUAAAAGGUCAUCUAAGCAAGAUAAAAUAAAAAGCGAACAGAGCCUUAAACGUUUCAGUGAAAUCAUAAUGUAUAAUCAAUUGGUGAAGAAAGUCAACACCAAAAGCUUAUUCGAGGAAGAUAUUCCGCUAGUUUACGGAAUUGAUGACAGUUUUGUCAGUUCAGUACAAUCU